AUGACCAUCGACGACGACAUGUACGGUACCGAAAAGAGCUUUGGGAGACAGUCGCAAAAUUCCGACUACUGUGGCGAGUCCUCUCGCUUCCACGAGGGCAUUGGGAGACGGGUCAUGGAGAGUUUCAAGCGGGAUCCGAAUUUUGCCAUGACGCCCAAGGGCAGCAUGGGAGCCGAUGGCAAGGUCUACGACGUCGAAGGUGCAGCAGCCAACACAGCAAACUCGCCUCUGGCAAGAAGACUCAAAGGUCGCCAUCUGCAGAUGAUUGCCAUUGGAGGCUCCAUUGGUACGGGCCUCUUCGUCGGCUCAGGACAAGCACUGGCAAAUGGAGGCCCAGCGUCGCUAGUCGUCGCCUACUGCCUCGUUGGUCUCAUGCUGUACUGCACAGUGCACGCGCUCGGAGAGAUGGCGGUGCUUUUCCCCGUCGCCGGCUCCUUUUCGGCAUAUUCCACUCGCUUUCUCGACCCAGCGUGGGGUUUCGCCAUGGGUUGGAAUUAUGCUCUGCAAUGGCUAGUCGUGCUGCCAUUGGAGAUCGUCGCUGCCACCUUCACUAUCGAAUUUUGGAAUCAUGGAUCGGUCAACAACAACGCUUGGGUUGCCAUCUUCUUGAUAUUGAUUGUCAUUAUCAACCUGUUUGGUGUCAAGGGAUACGGCGAGGCUGAAUUCGUCUUCUCCAUCAUCAAAAUCACUGCAGUCAUUGGCUUCAUUAUCCUCGGCAUCAUCAUCAAUAUUGGUGGUGGCCCCCAGGGCGGCUACAUUGGCGGGAGGUUUUGGCGAGACCCUGGUGCCUUCAACAAUGGCUUUAAGGGCCUAUGCAGUGUCUUUGUCAAUGCCGCCUUUGCUUUCUCCGGAACUGAGCUCGUCGGACUGGCGGCUGCAGAGACAGCCAAUCCCCGCAAAUCCCUACCCACGGCCGUCAAGCAAGUGUUUUGGCGCAUCUCGCUCUUCUACAUUGUCUCUUUGACCAUCGUAGGCGUCCUGGUUCCCUAUGACGAUCCCAGACUCCUACAGGAUAGCAACACUGCCGACGUCGUCGCCUCCCCAUUCGUCAUCGCCAUCAAGAAUGCUGGGAUCGAGGGUCUUCCAUCCGUCUUCAAUGCCGUCAUCAUGAUUGCCGUCCUCUCCGUCGGCAACUCCUCCAUCUACGGCUCCUCCCGUACCCUCGCCGCGCUGGCAGAACAACACCAAGCCCCUCGCAUCUUCGCCUACAUUGAUCGCCAGGGCCGUCCCCUCGUCUCCAUCGCCUUUGCCUCCUCCCUCGGCCUCCUCGCCUUCCUCGCCGGCGCAAGACGUGAGCUCCAAGACCAAGCCUUCAACUGGCUCCUCGCCCUCUCCGCCCUGUCCGCAAUCUUCACCUGGCUCUCCAUCUGCCUCGCACACAUUCGCUUCCGCCAGGGCUGGAAAGUCCAAGGCCACAGCCUCGACGAACUGGCUUUUCGCUCCCAGCCAGGCAUCAUCGGCUCCUACAUUGGCCUCUUCCUCAACUGCCUCGUCCUCGUCGCCCAAUUCUACGUCUCGGUCGCGCCCUUUGAUAUGGACAGGCUCACUACCGCUGGCCGUCUCCAACGCUUCUUUAGCGUCUACCUCGCCCUCCCCGUCACCAUUGCUUUUUACAUUCCCUACAAAAUCUGGUUUCGCACCUCCAUGGUGCGCUCGCAUAACAUGGAUCUCGUCACUGGCAUUCGCGAACUCAACAUCCAGGCCCUCAUUGAAGAAGAGCGCGAGGAAAGACGCAAGUGGCCAAAGUGGAAGAAGGUCUAUAAAUUCUUUUGCUGA